UGCUGUGGCACCGAACCAACUUUCGCUUCCACCGUCUAUAUUCACUACCCUUUGUUCUGAUGCCCACACGAAAUGCACGAAUCAUGAAUAGAGUUAUCACAAGGUAUUCCCUGGAUUGAAAUGCCUCGGGAAAUGUCCAAACAUAGACACGCCCGCAUAAGCUAGAAACAUUCUGCUUGUGACGUCACGGCAGCAUCAGAAUGCAUGCUCAGCUGUGCAAGCAGUAACCGAACAGAGGGUUCCGGAGGAAGAUGUACACUGUGUCCAAGGGUCCAAGUAAAAUUGUCGCGAAGACAAGGAGAGGUAUCUCACAAAACCUUGAGAGGUUGGAUACCCUCCGCGACGCUAGAAAACCAACAGAUUCCAAAGAAGACCAGGAUUAUGUUGUGAACACUCCAAAACCAGUUUUCCACACAUCAAAUGGCAAGAAGUUUAAUCAUAAUAGAUACCACCAAGAAAUUAGUCCACAACAUGAAGAAAUAAUCAAAUUUAUAUACGACUCUUGGACUACAGUUUGUAGAGAGUGUGACCUUGAACCUCAGGAAGAUGGCCAAAGUCCUCAACCACCAUCACCUGUUUAUUAUGACGGCGAGCCCAAUGGAUCACUUAAUGAUUUCAAGCCAUUUGACCUGGAAUCAUGGUGGGGAAAACGAUUAUUCAAUAACAUCACAAAAUCUAUCCCUUGAGCUUGUCUGGAAGCUGAAGUACUCUGUUAGUACCAUGGCUCCCAUCAUAGUGCCUGGAGUAUUCCUAAGUCUGCAAUGCAACAGUGAUCCUCAAAAGGCAAAGUAAGAUGAGUAUUGUGGACCAAUUUUUUUUUUCUCAACAAUCAUUGGCUUCCAGACAAAAGGCCUUAUAGAUUCCUUUCAUGAUGGAGGACUUAUAUUGAAUGUUGGUUGGUUACUUAGCAUGAUUGUGGGUAUCAUGUCCAAUGAUAUCUCUGGCAAUUUCUGGCAUAUUCCAUCUUUCAAAAUUUGUGGAAACUAUUUCUAAAGCUGCACAAUCUCCAUUUAAGUUAAAUCUCAUCUUUAAGAAGUCAUGAUGUAUCUACAGGAUGUGCCUGGGAAAGCUGGUCAUGUCGUGGAAAUGUACCUGAUUAGUGAACGUAUUAGGAAAGUCUCAUAUUGUAAAGAAGCAAACUAGCAAGAUGAUCUGCAUGUUUGUUGUUUCCUAUUGUGUUCUGUUUUUGUUUCUGUGACUCUUUUAUAUCAAUUACAGAAACAAAAGUGGGCCUGUAAUAGUAAUAGGUUGAUGAUUGGAUGGAUGUCAAAGGUUUCUUAUUGGGAACCUCUUGGUUCCACCUCGUCCCUAGCAGUAGUCAGAAUAUUUGUAGUCAGAGUCCUUGCCCUUCCAAGUUUUGGUAUUUUAUGUAAGAGGCAAAUAGACACUUCAAAUUUUAAAAAAAAUAAUCAAAAAACAAUACAGUUAGUUUGGAAAUAAUUUGAUUUUCUCUUUCCACUGACUUUUUUUUCUCUCUUUGUAAAAAUGGUAAAGCCAGUCAUACGAAUAGGUGUAUCCAUCUUCUGCACUCUCAAUAUUUUGUCUGCUUCAUGCUAAUGAAGUUUUGACAAAUUUGAAGGUUGGUAGAUUUUCUGUUUAUCAUUUCAUUAAUAUUAUCAUAAUCUACACCAACUAUGUCUUGAAUAUAGAGGAUUGCUUAUUGGUGUGCUUGUAUCCACCCAAUCCUUACAGUUGUUUAAAGACCACAGUUAGAUGCUUUCUACAACUGAAGGUUGACACUUAGGUCCAAAGUGGUUCACUUCAAAAGCGAGAACAAUUUUUGACAAAAGCUGUUACAGCAUAUUUCUACCAGUUAUUUUGUUUGUAUGUUUUAAAUCCUUUAAAACUCACUGUUGAAUUAUGUCCGUUAAGUUAUAAUGUAAUAGGUUUUGCUACAUUGUUAUGUUUUCUAAUUUUGUAGUAGUUGAAUGUUUUUUAGAAGAUUCUGAAAAAUUUAUUAUGUAUUUCAUUUUUAUCCAUUAUUUUCUCUGAUUGUACCCGUACAAUGUAUUUCACAAUGGCCUUUAAGAGGAGAAAUGGUUCAAACAUCAUCAUCAUUUUUAAUAUGUAAAAGUCCAUUUAAUCUCGAAUGUACUCAUUUCAAUUUAUCAAAGAAGGGGAAACAAGAUUUUAAUUUCAAAAGCAAUAACUAUAGUUAAGUUUAUCUUAUAGUGGAAUGCUAUCAGCAUUAUGAUUCUAUUUCCUUGGGAGGUAAACUUCGAUUGGUUGUUUGUGAAUGUGAUCAUUCUUUGUGUUAGUAUAUUUUUAUAUUUCGUUCUUUGGAAUGUAGGCUUAAAUCUAUCUAAUAAUACUACACUAAGACCCUCAUAAUUAUUAGCAGUGAUGAUGGUGUUUGUAUUAUGGAUUAGGUUUGUAAGUUGCGCUCAAUGAGGAACCAUUUUUUUUUGCAAAACAAGCAUUAAAGGUCAGAAAAUACAUACUGUAAUUUUUCUAUUGAAUUCAGUAUGAUUAACAACUUACAUUAUUUUGUUAGUGUCCAAAAUAAUUGCAGCUACAACUCUCAUUGUGCUCUUUGUACCUAAUAUAAUUUAGUGAUACAUCUGCGGAAACUUUGUUAUUAUGAACUAUCUUCCCUUAUCGUCUCUUUACCCAUAAGUACUGUGUUCACGGUACUCAAUGAUGAUCUAUUGUUGAGAUAAUCAAAGUGUUGAUAGUCAGAUGGAUAUCUCUUUUAACCAUGCCUGAUGUAUAAUUGGGUAAAAAUGACUGGCUAGUCUGUAAUGUUGUUGAAUGUUAAUGUACCUUUGACGUGAUGUCACUUGUGCUAGUGAAUAUUUGUUACAGAAAUUUGUUGAAGGAAAAAAAAACAAACAGAAAAGAAAUGAUUAAUACGAUUUAUCAUAAA